AUGGGUGUUACAGGUUCAGCGUGUAAUGAAUUUCGGAGCUGCUUUUGCCUGUCUCAGAGUGUGAGACAUGAUGAUGAUGAUGAUGAAGGACACCUGCUGUAUCAGGAUGGUCACGUGCUGCAGGACAGAUAUGAGAUCGUCAGUACAUUGGGGGAGGGAACUUUUGGCAAAGUGGUGCAGUGCAUCGACCACCACAGACAGGGCUCUCGGGUUGCUCUGAAGAUCAUUAAAAAUGUGCAGAGGUACAGAGAAGCAGCUCGACUGGAGAUAAACGUUCUGGAGAAGAUCAAAGAGAAAGAUCCCGAGAACCAACAGCCGUGUGUGUGUAUGUACGGUUGGUUUCAGCACGCCGGUCACGUGUGUAUCAGUUUUGAGUUGUUGUCUCUCAGCACCUUCGACUUCCUGAAGCAGAAUAAUCACACACCCUACACACUGGAGCAGGUCAGACACAUGGCCUAUCAGAUCUGCAGUGCUGUGGAGUUCCUCCAUGCUAACAGGCUAACACACACUGAUCUGAAACCGGAGAACGUUCUAUUUAUUAACUCCAACUUCACCACCUGCUACAACCCCGACACGCAGUGUGAAGAGCGUGUGUUACAGGACACUGCAGUGAAGGUGGUGGAUUUUGGCAGCGCGACAUUCGAUCAUGAGCAUCACAGCACCGUCGUCUCCACGCGACACUACCGCGCCCCUGAGGUCAUCCUGGAGCUUGGGUGGAGUCAGCCGUGUGACGUCUGGAGUAUCGGCUGCAUCCUGUUGGAGUAUUACCUCGGAUACACACUCUUUCAGGCCCAUGAUAACAGAGAACACUUGGCCAUGAUGGAGAGAAUACAAGGACCAAUUCCCUGUAGAAUGAUCCGUAAAACAAGGAAGCAGAAGUAUUUCUCAGGAGGACGUUUGGACUGGGACAAGAAUUCACCAGCAGGAAGACACGUCACACACACCUGCAAACCUUUAUGUCAAUACCUAUUAAGUCAAUCAGAAGACGACUGCCAGCUCUUCAGCCUGUUGGAGCUGAUGCUGGAGUUUGAACCUGAGCGCCGUUUCUCCGUCUACUCAUCCCUUCAUCAUCCUUUUUUUUCACCUUUUCAUGACCUUUGACCUUUGAGAUUGUUUUGCGAGUGCGCUGCUGUGUGCUGUGAGACAGGACAUGCUGUUCCUCCCCGGGUCUGUAACUUACAGGAGAAGGUAAAUAAUGAGUGCUGAUUGGUCGAGGCAACAAUGCUGUUAUAGGAACCAAUCGGAUUAGAGUCUGUGUUUUUGAUUGACAGCUCCACAGACUGAGGGCAGAGCUUACCUACAGCACAUUAGAGCUCUGAGGCCUCUGGCUCAG